AUGAGGACAGUUCCAACACGGACGAGCAGGACCAGGCUGUUCAUUCGAGCAAACAAGUGCAAGGGGUCUCUGCACGAAGGCCACCAUCCCAAGACGCCCCACUCCCGCCUAUCGGCAUCCCAAUACAAUCAUGCAUUGUCGUUACUCUUGACGAUGUUUCCUCCACGGAAAGACAAGUCGAGGGGUGUUGUCGUUCUAAAAGCAGCUGAUGAUCUAGUAAGGGACGACUCCGCUAGUUCCUUACUCGACCAGCUUCCGCUCUGGAAAGGCCCUUGGCUAGACUCAUCGCUCCCUGAAUUGUCGCCAGGCGACUCUGUAAUACAUCGUCUGGUGAGAAUUUGUCAGCACACAGAUAGUCUCGAACGGCUUGCACCAACCGAAGGCCUUGCACUACGUUUUCACAGGGCAUUUGCAAUACCAGCUAUAUUUGCGAUACCAACACGAGGUAAAGUCGGCAAAAGUAGUGAAACAAAGGGCACGAAAAGCUCGCCGAUGGCUAUAGAGCUUUUUCUUACGAAGUUGCAUCCGGAUGAUUGGGGAACCAUUGCACAGCAUGAGAAAGAUAUACGAAGGGAAAGUUUCACUAUCGUAAGACAGUCGGGAAACGGCUUCAAAUUCUCUGUGACAACUUAG